AUGGAGUUCUCCGAGCUGAUCAAGACGGCGACGGUGGAGAGAGUGCUGCUGUCGUGCGCGGGGCUGCCGGCGGUGAAGGGCACCCUGUGCAUCACCAGCCACCACCUGCUCCUCUCCUCCUGCCCUGGGGGGGACGCCCAGCCCGGCGCCGUGGAGCUCUGGCUGCUCAUCCGCAACGUGGAUGCCGUGGAGAAGAGAGUGCAGAAUUUAGGCUGGUACCAGCCCCCCCGGACUAACGGCUCCCCGCGAGACAUCAGGCUCGCCGGCUCCUCCGGCACCAUCACGCUCCGGUGCAAAGACCUGAAGGUGCUGCAGCUGGAGAUCCCAGGCAUGGAGGAGUGUCUUAACAUCGCCAGCUCCAUCGAGGCCCUCUCCUCGGUGGACUCCGUGAUGAUGAUGUACCCGUUCUUCUACAGACCCCAGAGCCUGAAGCUCGAGGAAGGAUGGCACCUUUUCCCCCUCGAGCAGUACUUCCAACAGAUCGCCUCGCAGACGAGCCAGUGGCGGCUGAGCGACGUGAACAGGGAUUUCACCACCUGCCCCACGUACCCUCCCGCCGUCAUCGUGCCGGCGGCGGUGGACGAUGACACCUUGCGGAAGGCUGCCCGUUUCCGGCAGGGUGGGCGAUUCCCCGUCCUCAGCUAUUACCACCCCAAGAAUGGCACUGCCGGCCAUCCCUUCCACCUCCGCUGCGCCCGCUCUGCCUACUCCCACGCCCGGCUGAAGCAGGAGGCCCCGCUUUUCCUCCUCUUCCUCGACUGCGUGUGGCAGCUGAGCCGCCAGUUCCCCUUCUCCCUGGAGUUCGGCGAGCGCCUCCUCCUCACCCUCUUCGACAACGCCUACGCCUCCGCCUACGGCACCUUCCUCUGCAACAACGUGAAAGAAAGGUGCCUGUGUAAAGUGAAGGAGAGCACGCACUCCCUCUGGGCCUGGCUGAACCAGCCUGGGGAGAAGAAGAAGUACCUGAACCCUCUCUACUCGCACAACGCCCUGGUCAUCUGGCCCUCCGUCGAGCCCCAGAGCAUCCAGCUCUGGCAGGGUUUAUUCUUCCGAUGGAUCCGUUCAUCCCAGUACCUGGAUGAGGCCUGGGCAGAGAUCCAGCAGUUAGUAGAGGGCAACGACUCCCCCGUCAAGGAGAGCACAGGGAACAGGCUGAGCCGGUCCCUCUCUGACCCUGCUGCCCGGACGGAGAACGAAAGAUGAACGGCAGCGUGGGCAAUUCGGUCCCGGCGGGCUGCUGGGCCAAGGUGACACUGCAGCUUUCCACGGGAAGCGCUGCGCAGGACACAGGCCCCGCGGAGCCCGGAGGACAGCUCUGGGAGGGGGGCACAGACUCCCUUUCGCAGCCUCCGGGCUGCGCAGGCUGAGCUUGUUUCAGUAAAGUGCUCUCUCUCGCAGCCCGCGCCUGCUUUUCCCGCUCUUACGAGCCCCCUCGCAAGCGGGGCUCCUUCCCGCUCUCUUCCCCGGCAGGAUUUCAGCAGCGCUCGUACCUGGACCGCCGGCGGAGCAGAAGGGCAGGAGGCAGCGGGAGGUCGAUGUGCCCAGCAGCAUCGGCCUCCG